AUGGAGAGAUCAAGUACACCUUCUUUGGUUGGAGUGUCCGUAAGAAGCAUCAACGACUCUAGCAACCCGGAUUUCAGCGAUAACGCUAGCGUUUCUGUAGCAGAAUCGCGUACGUCGCCAAAACUGCUCAACAAGAUUCAGUCCUCGACAAAUCUCAGCAAGACAGAUUCUGCGUACACCAGUGUUGACGAUCUGACACGUGAGGGCGCUCUGUUGACAGAUGACAACGAUGUAGAUUUGGACCAGGUGAUUAAUCGUCCAGGCGAACCCAGGGUCUCGGGCGAGCUGCGUCGCGCAGCUCGCCGGCCCAGAGCCGCUGUGAGGGCCCAAUACACAUCAGACGUGGGGCUCCGGAGAUCACAACAUUCGUCCACGUCGCUCGUCACGGCGACGGAUCCGUUGCACGACUCUCGCAAUUCUCGCAGUUCGUCGGUUCCUGCGGCGCCCGGAACGGCUCCCAACGACAAAAUUCGCAACUCUUUCGGCGAGUUCAUCCCAGACAAGUCUCACAGACCCCAUUUGGCGCAUGGGGACUCGUACCAAAACAUACACGAAGGUGAAGAAGACGAAGAGCGUGCCGGCAGAAGUUCUCGUCGGGAAAAACCGUCUACGGACUAUUUAAGGUCUCUGUCGCGGUCUUUGAGCCGUGACGCACGCAAGACGCGUGCCAUCGAAGAACUGAAAGAUGCCAGGAUGUACAGCACCAACAACUACAGUAUCUCGCGAGCCGAUCUCGAAAACGCCCCCCACGUGAUCAAGGAAGAACGAGAGGAAGAAGAACAAGAAGGUGUUUUAAUUGACGACGAAGGUAACGAAGAGUAUCCACCAGAGCUAACCGAGGCAAAGAUCAAUGCGGGACACGAUUGA